ACAUCAAAUACUUGAUUAACUUACAAUGCGACCCCUCAACUUUCAAGUGCAAUGUGAGGAUAUGUCUAAGAGUAAUGCUUUUUUCUUUCGGUUUUAGCCUAUAUGCUUUGCCAAUCUUCAUCUAUUAAGGUAGUGGCCGAUAUAGAUUGUCCUAACUCGUCUUUCGGUGGAGUUAGAAUCCGAAAUGCACAUGUCGAUGUCCAGGAUCAUGUCUAGGAGACGUAUGUACUUUAGAAUUCUGAAAGAUAUCUACUAGUACUUGUUCUCUCAUUCUCGGUGUACUUCAUUCACAUCCCUUAUCUGCGAUAGCUGAACGGACGCAAAAAUGCAUCUCAAUUCCUAUUCCUACAGUCUUUUCUCUAUCUUUCUACUGUCCACCUUCCCCAAUCUUUCUUCCGGCGUUGAAAGUACAUUCUCAAUUCUUUCACGUCCAGAAAUCAUAAUCUCUCCUCUUCAACCUUCCAAACCUCACUUAACUACUACCGCCCUCUCCGCUCCUCGAAAUCGCACUUGUCAUGUUUCCUCCUUGGGUUCGGGACGUGAUGAUUCUCCCGCUUUACUAGCCGCCAUAAAAUCCUGCAACCACGGCGGAAUUGUUCAAUUAAAUGAAACCCUUUACACAAUCUCCACUGCCCUAGACAUCCAAUCCCUCCAAUCCAUCGACUUCAAAAUCUCAGGUACCAUCCAAUUCUCUUCCAACAUAACCUACUGGACAGCCAACAGUUUCAAAUAUGUUUUCCAAAAUAGUAGUGCCUUUUGGCAAUGGGGAGGAAAUGAUAUAAACUGGUACGGAGGAGGAACUAUUGAUGGUAAUGGUCAACCUUGGUGGGAUGCAUCUGCAAACGAUAGUUCUCUUGGACGACCAAUCUUGUUUGUUAUGAAUGGGGUGAACGGGGCAAGUAUGAGCGACUUGAAGAUGAAAAGUCCGCCGAAUUGGUUUAAUCUUAUUACCGGUAGUAAGGAUGUUUUGAUCAGUGGGAUGGAUUUGAAGGCGGUGACAAAUAAUUCACAUCCCGUGAAGAACUCUGGUGAGUUUUCUUCUUCUCCCUAUUUAAGCUAGAGAUUGAGUACUAACUCUCAUUUCCCUCAUAGACGGAUGGGAUACUUACCUUUCUUCCCAUAUCACAAUCCAAAAUUCGACUAUUCUCAACACGGAUGAUUGCGUCUCAUUCAAACCCAACAGCAGUUCCAUACUCAUCCAAAACCUAGCCUGUACUGGUUCGCAUGGUAUAUCUGUGGGAAGUUUAGGACAAUAUGUUGGAGUUACCGAUAUCGUCGAAGAUAUUUACGUCUACAAUACUACACUGAGUAAUGCUAGCGAUGCAGCAAGAAUCAAGGUCUGGGCAGGUGCUGUGCCAAAUAAAGAUGGAAGUUUACCUUAUGGGGCAGGUGGAGGUGGUGGGGUUGUAAAGAAUAUUACAUAUGAUGGAAUGACCGUUGUUAAUGAUGAUUGUAAGUAUUCUUCUAGUUUCAUGAAGGGGAAGUAUCUUUACUGAUUGCCAAUGCUAUAGACUCGAUUGAACUUACUUCUUGCUAUAUGCAAACUACCGCAAAUUGCAGCGCCUACCCUGUAAGUGCCUCGCUCUACCAUAUCCUUUUCCCUCGCAUGAGACUAAAGAACAAUUAACUAACCAUCAUAUCAGACAAAAAUGGUCAUCCAAGAUGUCGUAUUCAAGAACUUCGUCGGUGUCGCUAGUUCAAAACAUGAUCCUAAAGUUGGGACUUUGGUGUGUAGUAGUGCUAGUGUAAGUGUUUUUCUCUUCACUACAUCGAAUAUCAUAAUAUUCAAAACUUUGCAUAUACCCCCUAACUGAUCUCCUACGCUUCAUUUAUCUCACCGUAAGAAAUGACUAACAUGUAAUUCAAACAGUCUUGUAUAAAUAUCUCGGCCCAAAAUAUCAAUAUCACAACACCGAGCAAGAAAAAGGCGACGUGGACUUGUACAAAUGUGGAUAAGAGUUUGUUGGGUAUUAACUGUGUUUAGGAUUGGGGAUUUGCAGUGUAGUUAUUGAGGCGGAGGGGCUUGUAGUAUUCUCGUAGAUAGUGUUUGUAGUGGUGCGAAAUAUAUAGUGUUUGGCAUGCGUUUUUAUGAGAUGAUGUGAAAUAGAUGAUUGUGACAGCAACACGAUGCAUUGGUAG